AUGAUAUAAUCUUAAUAAAAUACUCAAAUAGAUAAUUUACAAAAGAUAGAUAAAUAAAAUAAAAAAUUUUAAUACUUAUCAUAAAGUUUAUUAAUUUUUAAUCAAUUUUUUUUUUUUCUAUCAUUUUAUUAAUAUUUCAUUGUAUUNGGAGAUGAUGAAAUAGAUUCAGAUGAUAAUUUUAAUAAAGAUUCUAAAAUUUUAGGAUUGAAUUUAGAUGAAUAUGAAAGAAAUAAAUAUGGUAUUCCAAUUAUUUUAGAUAUGCUUGUUUAAUACUUUGAAAAAUAACCAGAGAAACUUAAAACUGAAGGAAUAUUUAGAAAAUAAGCUGCUGUUUAUGAAGAAAAAGUAGUUGAAGCAGCAUUAGCAUGUUAAAAAGUAGGAUUUGUCAAUAAAGUUGAAAAUGCUCAUACUAUAGCAUGUGUUUUUAAACAAUUUUUCUUAAAAUUAAAAGAACCUAUAAUGACUUAUUAAUUAUAUGAAUGGGUUGUUUAAAAUAAGCCAUAAAUUGAAUAAAAUUUGGAAGUGAGUGUAUAAAUGCUUUUUGAUUAUAUGCCAGAAUUGAAUAGAUAAAUAUUACUAUUCUCUUUAGGAUUCUUAAAUUCAGUUAUUUAAGAAUAAGAACAUAAUUUAAUGACUACUUAUAAUAUGGCUGUUGUAUUUGGUCCUAACUUUUUUAGAUCUGAAAUUGUCAAAAUGACUGAUUUAGGUCAUGUUACGUAAUAUAUUAAAUAAAUUAAGUCUUUUUGUUUAAAUAGUAUAAAUAAUGUUGGAAUAGAAAAAAGAUUACGAUUAUAAAAAGAUGUUAGAAGUCAGAAGUGAUAAUCUAAAUUUUGAUGCAUCAUUAGUUCCCUUUUUGCCAGAUGAUUUAGCCAAUUUAGAUGAUAUAUUAGAUAUGGUCUCGGGUAUAUAUUGCUUACUAAGACACUAGACAAAAAUGUAGUAAACGAAAUUGAGAGAAAAGAAUUAAAGUCUAGAUAUAAAUGA